CCCUCUUUGCCCUGCCUGUUCCUUUGCCAAGAGCACUGAACAGAAAGAGUUGUUUGCUUGAAGAUGCAGCUGGCACAGUGAGGUUGUGAACAAGGAUGGUACCCACUGCCUGAGCAGGAGCCUAUGCUCAGGAGACAAGGAACCCUGCUCACCUCACAAGUAUUAACUGAUCACAAAGGCUCCUAUCUGUAUGCCAAGCCAGACUUUCAGAGAGAGAUCAGAAUCCCCAUCAUCAUGAACUGGAACAUGAUCAUCUCGGGGUUUAUUAUAGUAGUGAUAAAAGUUGCUGGAAUGACCGUAUUUCUGCUGUAUUUCCCACAGGUUUUUUGCAAGAGUAAUGAUGGCUUCAUCCCCACGGAGAGCUACGGAACCACUAAUGGGCAGAAUGUCUCACAGAUCUUUGGGAGAAAUAACGAAAGUGUCAUGCCCACAAGGAGCUAUGGAACAGGCUGCCCCAAAGACUGGGAUCUUCAUCAAGGGAGCUGCUUCUUCUUCUCCACCUCUGAAUCAUCUUGGAAUAACAGCAGGGAUUACUGUGCCACCAGAGGAUCCACACUGGCAGUUGUCGACACACCAGAGAAACUGAAGUAUCUUCAGGACAUAGCUAAUGCCGAGAAGUACUUUGUUGGUUUGACACGUCAGCCAGGAGGAAAACGGUGGCGCUGGAUCAACAACUCUGCAUUCAAUGGCAAUGUUACGAAUGAGAAUCAGAACUUCCACUGCGUCACUAUAGGCUUGACAAAGACCUUUGAUGCUGCAUCAUGUGACAUCAGCUACCGCUGGAUCUGUGAGAGGACUUCCAAAUGAUCAUGGGUCUCUACAACAAGAGCAAAUAUAUGUCUACAAAGACAGCAAAAGAGAUUACUUGCAACUGAAAGUAGCCCAGAAAAUACAGAACAUCCAAGACUGUGCCAAUCUCCCAUAGGCUGCUGGUAGAGCUUCCCGGUAAAUCCUCAGGGUCAAUACGCUAUUCCCUUUCACACGCACCUUCACACAACAGGAGAAUUCCUGCUCUACUCCGGGCACUCCCCAAGACCACACUUGCUUUGCCAGGGGACUGGAUUUCAGUCAUCUCAGUAUGCAGGGCCAGCUUUCUGGAGAUGAAUUUGAUGCAGAAAUGAAAUCUAUUUCUGAGGAGUUGAGCAUUUUGACUGACCAAUGGGGCUUUGCCUGUAGACAGGCUCUAUUUCAUCCUUCGAGCACAUGCCUGUGCUACUGAGAAGAAACUGCAAGCAGAAGAGAUGAGGCCUGUGAAAAGGCAGUGUGGGUAGAAGAUAAACUCAGCUUCACGACCUCCCGCACGCUCAGAAGUCUCCAUUCCCAUAUUCCUCCCUAGAAGCUAAGGAAGAAGAAGCCUUCCUCUGUCUGAAUUGAGACCAAGGCUCUUGGGAGGACCUCUACAAUUCAACUUGGAGCUGAAAAAAUAGUGUGGGCAUGAAGAGGUUUUGUAUAAGACAGAAAAGAGGAGGGAAAGGGAAAGGGAAGGAAAAGAAGGGGAGAGGAGGAGAGGAGAAAGAAGGGAAAAGGGAGGAAAGAAAGGGGAUGGGCAUGAGGGACAGGGAGAGGAGGGUAACUGAAAAAAUUCUAUUAUGACAUAACUCCUUUUCUUUAUAAGAAAGGGCAAAAUGGAGACAAAUGGAAAUCCUGAGAGAUGAAGUAGGGGGCUUGUUUGAUCACUAUGAAAGAAAGGGAAGAAAAAUGUAAAAAAAAAAAAAGUCUCAAUCUUCUUUACUAAUCUCUGUGUUCACAAAGAGAUAGCAGCUGUUUUUGAAGCUAGAGUAAUCAGAAGCAAUGCAUUGGUUGAGUAAUGAGAAGCUUAUAGAAAAGUUGAAGGAAUUGAAGACACCCAACAACUCUGCAUUUGCAAC